GCCGAGUCUGCCGCCAUGGCCCAGCCCGCCAGGCCUCCCGCCGCCUAUCCCAGCCAGAACGGGGCUGGCCAGCAGCCCUACAGCAACGGUCCUGUUCCAAGCCAGCUGAUGCAUUCACCAGAUGGCGAGGCACAUAUGCCUCCAGUUCCAGCACCCUAUUCGCACCAGGUGCCGGUGAAGGUCCCUCCCCAUCAGUCUUCUGGACAGUACAACUAUGGUGGCUCUCAGAGUGUUUCUCAGUUAAACAAUUAUCAAGGACCUGGGCAGACUCUCACCAGACCACCAGUGGCACAACAGACAGGUCCUGCUCCACCGGUGCCGCUGCCUCCCUUGCAGAGUGCAGCUGCUGCAUCCUCUGCUGGUGGCUUUGCUCCUGCAGCCAGCCCCGCAGUGCUUUCACACUGGCAGCACAGCCAGCCCACUGCCACGCAGGCACUGGGGGCUCAGGCAAGCCAUGUGGCUCAUGUGACUGGGACAGGGUCAGCUCAGCACCCCCCCUCCUUGCCAGUAAAUGCAAACCCUGCAGGAAGCUAUCCCUAUGCUACUUCUCCAGGAGGCCCUCGCCUGCAGAACAGCUUUGUGAAGCCAGGAUCUGCACCUCCACCAGUGACUCAGCCCUUAACUCCACUCCACCCCCCUUCAAGGCCACCUUUGGGACCUCCACCAGUUGGUGGUCCACCUUUAAUUAGGCCACCAGCCCAGGUAGCAGGAGCAGCUAGCCCACAGCCUCUGCUGAAUUCAGCUGCAAGUCAAGAAGGUGAUGCUCCUGCCAGCGAUGGGGCUGUGCUACCAAACAGCUAUGAUGCAAUAGAAGGUGGUGGCCUCAUGGCAAGCCGCCAUGCUUCUCCUGCACCCUCCAAGCUGAACAGGGCUGUUGGCUAUUCUUACCCUGCCCUGCGUCCAGGCUACCAAAAUGCUGCCAGCCCUGGAGCACCAGGAAUGCAGUAUCCAGAUGGAGCAAUACAUUUCCCCCAGCCUGUCCUGGCCACUAAUCACCUAACUGCAUCUAUGGGUGGCCUGAGCCUACAGCAAGAAGGACUAAGAUCUGUGAAUCUUCUUCAAGAGAGAAAUAUUCUUCCCACAACCCUCUUGAAGGCUCCUGUCCCAAACUUGCAUGAAGAAAUCCAGAGGCUCAACUGUAACCCUGAGUUGUUCCGCUGUACCCUGACUAACAUUCCUCAAACUCAGGCCUUAUUGAAUAAAGCCAAACUUCCUUUGGGGCUCCUGCUUCAUCCUUUCAAAGACUUAUCGCAACUGCCCGUGGUGACGUCGAGCACCAUCGUGCGAUGCCGCUCCUGCCGGACAUACAUCAACCCCUUUGUCAGCUUCUUAGACCAGAGGAGGUGGAAAUGCAACUUGUGCUACAGGGUGAACGAUGUGCCUGAGGACUUCAUGUACAAUCCUGUCACAAGAGUUCAUGGGGAGCCUCAUAAAAGACCUGAAGUCCAGAAUGCUACCAUUGAGUUUAUGGCUCCAUCUGAAUACAUGCUCCGGCCGCCCCAGCCACCUGUGUACCUCUUUGUGUUCGACGUCUCACACAACGCUGUGGAGACAGGAUACCUGAGCACAGUCUGCCAGGCCCUGCUGGACAACCUGGACUCGCUUCCUGGGAACACUAGAACGAAAAUAGGCUUCAUAACAUUUGACAGCACAAUCCAUUUCUACAGCCUUCAGGAAGGCCUCUCUCAGCCCCAGAUGCUGAUAGUGUCAGAUAUUGAAGAUGUCUUUGUACCAAUGCCAGAAAACUUACUAGUCAAUUUAAAUGAAAAUAAAGAGCUAAUUCAAGAUCUAUUGAAGACCUUGCCACAGAUGUUUACCAAGUCCCUGGAAACUCAGAGUGCUCUGGGGCCUGCCUUACAGGCUGCCUUUAAACUGAUGUCCCCCACUGGAGGCAGAAUCUCUGUCUUCCAGACACAGCUUCCAUCGGUGGGAAUGGGAGCGCUGAAGUCUCGGGAAGAGCCAAAUCAAAGAUCAUCUGCAAAGGACAUACACCUGACACCAUCCACUGACUUCUACAAGAAGCUAGCCUUGGACUGCUCAGGCCAGCAGAUUGCAGUGGAUUUAUUCCUCCUCAGUGGACAAUAUUCUGACUUGGCUUCUCUAGGUUGCAUAUCCAGGUACUCUGCAGGCAGUGUCUAUUACUACCAAUCCUACCACCACAAACACAACCCUGUGCAGGUGGAGAAGCUGCAGAAGGAGCUGAAGCGAUACCUCACGAGGAAGAUUGGCUUUGAAGCUGUCAUGAGGAUAAGAUGCACCAAAGGUCUCUCCAUCCACACCUUCCACGGGAACUUCUUUGUGCGCUCCACAGACCUGCUGUCCCUGCCCAAUGUGAACCCUGACGCAGGCUACGCCGUGCAGAUGGCUGUGGAGGAGAGCCUCACAGACAUGCAGGUGGUCUCCUUCCAGUCUGCUCUCCUCUACACCUCCAGCAAAGGUGAAAGGAGGAUUCGUGUCCACACCAUGUGCUUACCUGUUGUGACAACACUGAGUGAUGUCUACCUGGGGGCAGAUGUCCAGGCCAUCACUGGGCUGCUGGCCAACAUGGCUGUGGACCGGUCGGUGUCGGCCACGCUGAGCGACGCCCGAGACGCCCUGGUGAACGCAGUCAUCGACUCCCUGGCUGCCUACCGCAGCUCCGUGCUCAGCAUCCAGCAGCCUGGCCUCAUGGCCCCGCACUCAUUGCGCCUCUUCCCCCUCUACGUCCUGGCGCUCCUGAAGCAGAAAGCCUUUCAGACCGGCACCAACGCACGGCUGGACGACCGCAUCUUUGCCAUGUGCCAGGUGAAGAACCAGCCCCUCGUGUACCUCAUGCUGAUGACACAUCCCAGCCUCUACAGAGUUGACACCCUCACAGAUAAGGGGGCUUUUAACAUCAAUGACAGAACUAUACCUCAGCCACCCCUCCUGCAGCUGUCAGUGGAGAAGCUGAGCAGGGAUGGUGCUUACCUUAUGGAUGCUGGCUCUGUAAUGUUUCUGUGGAUUGGGAAGAACUGUGGGCAGAGCUUUAUCAGCCAAGUCCUUGGAGUCCCAAAUUAUGGCUCAAUCCCACAGAACAUGACACAGCUCCCAGAACUUGAAACUGCAGAGUCCAUCAGAACAACAGCUUUCAUUGCCUGGCUGAGGGAACAGAGACCUUUCUUCCCUAUACUCUAUGUAAUAAAGGAUGACAGUCCAUUGAAAUCAAGUUUUCUGCAAAAUAUGAUUGAAGACAGAACAGAAUCAGCCUUAUCAUACUAUGAAUUCCUCCUUCAUAUACAGCAGCAAGUGAACAAAUGAAGCCCUGGCCUUUUGCUCACUUGUGGAAGGGAAGUGUUUGCAGUAAAGAACGCUUGUGCUUGUGAUACCUUCAUUAGAUCUGUGGCCUGAGGCAGGGGAUGAGAAGUUCUCACUGUGAUUUCAACCAACUAAAGCAAAUAAAGGACCACAUCUGAGAAUCAAAUGUGCAACUACAUAGUAUUGUACCUUAACCAAGAAAUCAAACUGUUGGAACUGGUUGAGCACCUUUAACUUGCUGCAGAUCAUGUUUUUACUGUAAGUACUUGCAGCAUGAAGUCCCUUUCCAGAGGCAAUACUGAAAA